AUGUCAUCCACCGUUAAAGCAGCACACUGGAGAUUUGUUGAAGUUGGUCGUAUUGUUUUAGUUAACAACAAAGACUUAGGUACCAUAGUUGAAAUUAUUGAUCAAAAAAGAGCUUUAAUUGAUGGUCCAAAAGUUCAAAGACAAGCUAUAUCAUUAAACAAAGUUGUUUUAACUCCACACAAAAUCAGUUUACCAAGAGGAAGUAGAACUGCUACUGUUCUCAAAAAAUUUGAAAGUUCAGAUGUUGCAUCAAAAUGGGAAGCUUCAUCAUGGGCUAAAAAAUUAGCUACCAAAGAAAGAAGAAGAGAAUUAUCAGAUUUCGACAGAUUCAAAGUUAUGGUCCUUAAAAAACAAAGAAGAUACAACUUAAAAAAAGCAGUCAAAUCUGCUUAA